AAAUCUCAGGCGAGUGUUUGAGAAGGAUUUCGCUGCGUGCUCUGCCGCACCGGGCGGCCCUUGGCUCCGGUUGGUCCCUCGCGGACAUGCCUCUUCGUUGCAGAAUCUUGAGCCCGAGGAGGGAGGUAUGCGUGUUCCCCCGAAAAGACGCCUAAAUCCUGCACAACCGUGGAGCAGUUACAUAUACCCAGGGGUUCUCCGUGUCAUCUCGGCAACCCUCACAAACUUCCCCUCGCCGUCCUAGCGGAAGAACAGAGGUUGGGGGCGCAAUGGCAGCGGAUCCGAGCUUCGUCGUCGGGAUUAUAGGGAACGUGAUCUCCAUCCUCGUCUUCGCGUCGCCGAUCAAGACGUUCCGGCGGAUCGUGAGGAACAGGAGCACGGAGGACUUCCGGUGGCUGCCGUACGUCACCACCCUGCUGAGCACCUCGCUCUGGACCUUCUACGGCCUGCUCAAGCCCGGCGGCCUCCUCGUCGUCACCGUCAACGGCGCCGGCGCCGCGCUCGAGGCCGCCUACGUCACGCUCUACCUCAUCUACGCGCCCAGGGAGACCAAGGCGAAGAUGGUGAAGCUGGUGCUGGCCGUGAACGUCGGCUUCCUCGCGGCGGUCGUCGUGGUGACGCUGGCGGCGCUGCACGGCGGCGCCCGGCUGCUCACCGUCGGGGUGCUGUGCGCCGUGCUGACGAUCGGGAUGUACGCGGCGCCGCUGGGCGCGAUGCGGACGGUGGUGAAGACCCGGAGCGUCGAGUACAUGCCCUUCUCCCUGUCCUUCUUCCUCUUCCUCAACGGCGGCGUCUGGAGCGUCUAUUCUGUGCUCGUCAAAGACUACUUCAUCGGAGUCCCCAACGCCAUCGGCUUCGUCCUGGGCACGGCGCAGCUGGUGCUGUACAUGGCGUACCGGAAGGCGGCGCCGGCGCGCAAGGACGACGACGACGAGGCCGCGUCGGAGGAGGCCGACGAGGAGGAAGGGCUUGCCCACCUGAUGGGGCAGGUGGAGAUGGCGCAGCGGCGGGUGCGGCUGCACAAGGGGCUCAGCCUGCCCAAGCCGACCGGCGCGCCGCUGUCGUCGCCGCGCAACGGGUUCGGGAGCAGCAUCAUCAAGUCCCUGUCCGCCACCCCCGUCGAGCUCCACUCCGUCAUGCACCAGCACGGACACGGCCGGUUCGAGCCCGUCAAGAAGCACGACGACGCCGAGGCCAACGAGUGACGGAUAAUGGAGGAUCGGAGGAGGAUCGUUCAGGCGUUUCUGUGUGCGCUGCGUAGAGACGACGGGAAUUCGAAUAGCCUGCGUGUGUACAUAGUAUCCGUGGAGAAAUACAGAUCAGUAGCGGUUAGAAUGGAGUGGUUAGUGAACUUGACUGUGUCUUGAAACUCGUAUGCGCGAGCAGCUUCCUUUUUUCCUUUUUCCUUUUUUCUUUUUGCGAUUAGUACGCGCGAGCAGCUUGGGCCUUUGUUGCAGUACCCUCUGCCCAACUACGGAUGAUUAUGGGACCGUGGCCAAGCGUGGGCUGUUGCGAUGUAACUUGGAUUUUGAGCCCACGGAGAUAUUUGCGUAGGUGGUACUACUACGUAAAUAUUUUAUUUGUUCGCGAAGGCACAUCAGGAAUUCAGGAUGAUACUUUGUUCA